AGGUGCGAUGCAGCAUUCACAUUACAUGAUAGCCAUAGGAAUAAGAAUAGGAGUUUGGUAUUAUGGGUUUAUUGGAUAGACAUUAAUUUCAACGUCAACACACACCAAUUUCACAAUUAAAAAUCGAAGGCCCUAACCCAAUUGCAUUUGGAUGCCACUGCGAGAGAGUAAAACCAAACCUCACUAACCAAAGCACGCGCCAUUUUCUCUCUCUCAUCGGAUACAUGGCGGAAUUUGUUGAACUUCCGAGUCGUUUAGCAAUCCUUCCUUUCAGGAACAAGGUCCUUUUACCUGGCGCCAUCAUUCGAAUUCGCUGCACUUCUCCUAGCAGUGUCAAGUUGGUGGAACAAGAACUUUGGCAACGAGAGGAGAAAGGGUUGAUUGGGAUCUUGCCACUUCGAGAUGCUGCUGAAAUUAAGCCAGUGGGUCCCACUAUAUCUCAAGGCAUAGGUUCUGAUUCGCUAGACCAAAGCUCAAAAGUGCAAGGUGGUUCAUCAGGUUCUCAUAAACUUGAUACAAAGAAGCAGCAUGAUGUUAUUCAUUGGCAUAGCAGGGGUGUAGCCGCUCGAGCACUACACUUAUCAAGGGGAGUGGAGAAACCAAGUGGCAGAGUCACAUAUAUUGUUGUUCUUGAAGGUCUAUGCAGAUUUAGUGUCCAGGAACUUAGCACAAGAGGAACUUACCAUACUGCAAGGAUCUCACCCCUUGAGAUGACUAAGACUGAUAUGGAACAGGUGGAGCAAAAGCCAGAUUUUAUAAUGUUAUCUCGCCAAUUUAAAGCAACUGCCAUGGAGCUUAUUUCUGUUCUGGAGCAGAAACAAAAAACUGGUGGAAGGACAAAAGUUCUUUUGGAGACUGUUCCAGUUCACAAGUUGGCUGAUAUAUUUGUUGCUAGCUUUGAGAUAAGUUUUCAAGAACAGUUGUCCAUGUUGGAUUCAGUUGACCCUAAAGUAAGGCUUUCAAAAGCAACAGAAUUGGUUGAUAGGCACUUGCAAUCAAUACGUGUAGCUGAGAAAAUUACCCAAAAAGUUGAAGGACAAUUGUCAAAAUCUCAAAAAGAAUUUCUUCUUCGACAGCAGAUGAGGGCUAUAAAAGAGGAACUUGGUGAUGAUGAUGAUGAUGAGGAUGACCUGGCUGCCCUGGAAAGAAAGAUGCAAAGUGCAGGAAUGCCACAGAAUAUCUGGAAGCAUGCUCACAGAGAGUUAAGGAGAUUAAAAAAAAUGCAGCCUCAGCAACCUGGGUAUAGCAGUUCACGGGCUUACCUGGAUCUUCUUGCUGAUUUGCCAUGGCAGAAGGCUGGCAAAGAGCAUGAACUGGACUUAAGAGCUGCACAGGAGCGUCUGGAUAUUGAUCAUUAUGGUUUAGUGAAGGUCAAGCAACGGAUAAUUGAAUACCUGGCUGUUCGGAAGCUUAAGCCAGAUGCAAGGGGUCCAGUGUUGUGCUUUGUUGGACCACCGGGUGUUGGGAAGACAUCAUUGGCAUCUUCUAUUGCUGCUGCUUUGGGAAGAAAACUUGUACGCAUUUCCCUUGGUGGAGUCAAGGAUGAGGCUGAUAUUAGAGGUCAUAGGAGAACAUACAUAGGAAGCAUGCCUGGGAGACUUAUAGAUGGACUGAAGAGAGUAGCUGUUUGCAAUCCUGUCAUGCUGCUUGAUGAAAUUGACAAGACAGGGUCCGAUGUUCGUGGAGAUCCAGCUUCUGCAUUGCUAGAAGUUCUUGAUCCAGAACAAAACAAGACAUUCAAUGAUCACUAUUUGAAUGUUCCAUUUGAUCUAUCCAAGGUAAUUUUUGUGGCUACAGCAAAUAGAGCACAACCUAUUCCUCCACCUCUCCUUGACAGGAUGGAGGUCAUUGAGCUUCCUGGAUAUACACCCGAAGAAAAGCUCAAAAUAGCCUUGCGGCAUUUGAUCCCCAGAGUUUUGGACCAGCAUGGGUUGAGUUCUGAGUUUCUUCAGAUUCCAGAGGGGAUGGUGCAACUUGUUAUUCAGAGAUAUACUAGGGAAGCUGGGGUACGCAAUUUGGAAAGGAAUCUAGCUUCCCUGGCUCGUGCUGCUGCAGUAAGGGUAGCAGAGCAAGAACAGGUAGUUCCACUAAACAAGGGGGUACAGGGACUUGCUACCCCACUUUUGGAAAACAGACUUGCUGAUGGUGCUGAAGUUGAAAUGGAAGUGAUACCUAUGGAUAUCAACAAUCGUGACAUUUCAAACACAUUCAAGAUCACCUCUCCAUUGGUUGUUGAUGAAGCUAUGCUUGAAAAAGUGCUUGGGCCUCCAAAAUUUGAUGGAAGAGAAGCAGCUGAGCGUGUUGCAACUCCUGGGGUAUCUGUUGGGCUGGUUUGGACUAGUAUUGGUGGAGAAGUUCAGUUUGUCGAGGCUACAGCAAUGGUGGGGAAGGGUGAAUUGCAUCUUACCGGACAACUGGGUGAUGUAAUCAAAGAAUCAGCUCAGAUUGCAUUAACAUGGGUAAGGACAAGAGCGGCUGAACUUAGGCUAGCUGCUGCAGAGGGCAUUAAUCUGUUGGAGGGCCGUGAUGUACAUAUACAUUUUCCUGCAGGUGCUGUACCUAAAGAUGGGCCUUCUGCUGGUGUGACUUUGGUCACGGCAUUGGUAUCCCUUUUCAUUCAGAAAAGAGUGAGAUCAGAUACAGCUAUGACUGGAGAGAUGACACUGAGGGGUCUUGUACUACCUGUUGGUGGUAUCAAGGAUAAGAUAUUAGCUGCACAUCGAUAUGGUAUCAAGAGAGUCAUCCUGCCUGAAAGAAACCUGAAGGACUUGGUUGAAGUACCAUCAUCUGUACUGGCCAAUUUGGAGAUACUGCUUGCAAAACGAAUGGAAGAUGUGUUAGAGCAAGCUUUUGACGGCGGGUGUCCUUGGAGACGACACUCAAAGUUGUGAUAGUAUCCUUGACUUGCACGUGUUACGUGGCAAUCGCUGGCUUAUGUAUUGAUUCAAAAUCUGGCCCCAUACUACUUGCGACAUUGGGGAGGAGUACUUUGAUCUCUUCAACUGCUCGUGAUUGUGCAUAACUCCAGAAAACGACAGUUUGAGAGGUAGCUGACAUCCUCGUGUACUCUAAAAUCUUUUGUUAAGUAUUUUCUUCUCUCUUUUUCUUCAUUGCUUUCGACCAACUGUACUAAUCCAAGUUCAGCAAAUGAUGGUUUCCCCUCUUCUUUCCUUUAGCACCCAAUCCCUGGGCAGCUGGCCCCCUAUUAUAUUUUGUUAAUUUCUGGCCGUCACUAAUUUCAAUGUGCAUAAGCCAUUAUUUUCUGAGCAAAGGAAGUAAGUACUUCAGCUCUCUUUUUCGACUUCCCCCUAUUAUAUAUGUUUAAUAAAUAAGAAAUUGUUAGGAGGUUAGGUGCGGUAUUCUAUAAACAAUUUUUUUAAUGAGUUCAAAAUACAUAAGAAAUUUAAUAAGUAAUUAGUUUUUAU